CCCGUAUACCAUUCACAAACUGUGAAGCAACAACUUAUAACUUAUGGUCGUGCUAGCCGCGUCAAUAUGCACGAAGGCCGGCAAAGCCGUCAUAUCUCGCCAAUUCAGAGACAUGUCUAGAGCCCGCAUAGAUUCCCUGCUUGCCUCCUUUCCAAAGGUUAUCCCGACCAAUACUCAGCACACAUCCGUCGAGACUGCGGACGUCCGCUAUGUGUAUCAACCUCUAGAAGACCUCUACAUCCUGUUGAUCACGAACAAAGCGUCGAACAUUCUGCAAGACAUUGAGACUCUGCACCUCUUUGCGCGCGUCGUCUCUGAUAUGUGUCGCAGCGCAGACCAACGUGAGAUCAUCAAAAACGCGUUCGAGAUCCUUGAGGCAUUCGACGAGAUUGUAAGCGUUGGGUACAGGGAGUCAGUGAACCUUAUGCAGGUUAGGAAUAUUUUGGAGAUGGAGAGCCACGAGGAAAAGAUUCAGGAUAUCAUCGCAAGGAACAAAGAAGCGGAGGCAAAGGAGGAACUCAAGCGUCGGGCAAAGCAACUAGAGAUGCAGCGACGGGAACAACAACGACGUGCGGCAGCGGGUGGUCCCUCGGGGGGCAGCUACCUUGGCGGCGGCGUCUCUGGUUACGCGCCGGUACCUCAACGCUACGAUGCCCCCACACCGGUGCGCACGGCAUCUCCAGUACCUUCAACUCUGCGCACACCUGCGUUCAAGGGCAGCGGUAUGAAGCUCGGCAGCAAAAAGACCACGCAAUCGCAGCUCCUAGAUGCACUUGGUGGCGAGGCGCUGCUUUCCGAGGACAUGUCCGCCCCUGCUUCGCCUGCGCCGCAAGAGCCGGCUUCUCAACCUAAAGACGAGAGGGGAAGCUUACCAACUGUUGAGCCGGAAAGUGUGCACGUUGUCACUCGCGAGAACCUCUCACUCGAACUUGUUCGGGAAGGUGGCCUCAACAAUCUGGAGCUCAAAGGAGAUAUGAACUUGCAGAUUUCGGACGCGGCCCUUGCCAAGCUUAGACUCACGCUUGCCGAGCCUGCGACGGCCUUCGGUCCUGAACUACAGUACAAGCAGCACCCAUAUAUUGGCAAGUUUGCUGCGAACAAGGAACGCGUGAUUGCCUUGAAGGACUCCUCGCGAUCGUUCCCCGUUGGUCAGUCGCUCGCCGUACUCAAGUGGCGAUACGCCGGUAAAGAUGAGAGCUACGUCCCAUUGUCCAUCAACUGCUGGCCAACCCCCUCGAACGACGGCACUUGCGACGUCAAUAUCGAGUACGAGUUGGAAAACAGCGGUCUUAUUCUGCAUGACGUCGUCAUUUCGAUCCCACUUCCCGACGGCUCUUACCCUACCGUGUCCUCGCAUACCGGUGAAUGGGCACUGAACUCGACGAGCCACGCCAUCGACUGGAUCGUGGGUCGCGUCGACCCGGAGCAGAGUUCCGGCACGCUCGAAUUUACUGUCGGCGGCGACGACGCUGGCGCGUUCUUCCCCGUCCGAGUCUCAUUUGUUGCACAGGGUAGUAUUGCCGGUGUCCGCCUCGCGUCUGCCACCAAGGUCGAUGGCGGAGAGGAGGUCACCUUCUCGGAGGAUGCGAGCCUCGUUGUCGACAAUUACACUGUCGUUUGAGUUGGUACUGUCUGAGAAUGUAAAUCAAAUUGAGAAUAUUAGCUGGCUAGAUUCUG